AUGGCAGAGUUACGGUUGGAUUCAGACAGUCAUUUACAGUAUGGCCCUUUUGGCAGCGAUUUAGCGGAUAUUUGCAUUGAUCAGGAUGGUGAAUGGGGUACGUGCGAUGUUUAUAAUCUUUGUUAUUAAAUAAAUAGCUGCGUUGUAAACGCUAGCUACAUGCAACCCCAAUGAUGUGUAUAAACCCUAUACAUCAUUGCGUGCAACUUCAUUGACUGUCAGGAAAUGAGAUGGCACUAGCGUAUCAGUAAACCGUAUACUUAUUCCAGUGCUUGUCUUGGACUGAAAUAGGUACCGGUACUGUUUACAUUUAGAUGCAGGAGCUCCACAGUACUUUUGAGCCAACAUGAAAUAAGAGGAACAGGAGCUCAAACAGGAGAACAUUUGAGGUGCGGGUAUUCGGUUUCGGUGAGCUCCUGCCGAAGUCAAUCACUGCUGUGUUCAAUAUAUAACAUGCGUUUUGAUGCUCAUACUCAGCAGUACAAACCGAACGUUUUGACUGGGUUGGUCAUACGUAACUUUUCCCCCAUCUUGCUGCAUCUUUGAAUGUAUUGAAGCUGCUUUGGAAACUUUGACUGAUCUCUUGCAACUGUGGUGUCCGAACAACGAUGCUGCGAUGAUGUGUUGAUAAGAAAUCCGCUGACACUGUACUUCAGCAUCAAUUUACAGACUCUGCAGAAUCUGGAGAGCAACGAAACCAAUCCCAAAUAUGAUUACUCUCCUUGUCCUUUUGUUAAAACAUGAUAUAUAUAUCCUAUGCUUUAUGUAACAUAAGAUGGCGUGAUUUGAAUAGACCAAUCCCUGGCCUCCACAUAUCCGAAUCUCCACUGUUUUAGGGGGCCCCUAUAGUAACACUUUCCAGAUGUUUGAGCAAAGUAGAGUAAAGUUCAUCUAACCAACAAUAUGAAAACCUCAGAUACUACACAACCUUGAAACAUACAUAAUUAUCGACUGUCAUCCUUCACUGAUCUCUUCCUCUUGCAACAUUGUUACAGACAUCAACCUGUUUGAAGAACUUGAGAACCUAAGUGAUGCAGAGGAACUCCUUCAAGAAUUUGAGUUCUCACCACAUAAUAAAACAACAUGGAAAGAGGUGAAACAACAUAUUUCCCCUCUAUGUAAUGCUAUGUGUUAUUAUCCUACUGUGUGACAGCUAACAAGACUGCACGUUUCUCAGGUGAAUGACAUUAAUCUGUUACAAUGGAGAUCCUUCGCCAGUGGAGAUACUGACGCUUGCUGCACAGGUAAAAAUCAUCAGCAUUGCAUCACUUUCAGUUAACCUAUAACAGCAAUGACUCAAGAUUGGGUUGUUGGCCCCAUGCCAAGGCAAAGUAAGUGAAGACGACUGGUAAUAGAUUAGAAAGCAUAUACAGUACACACACACACACACAGUCCCUCUACGUAACCUGGUCACCCCCAUGUCAGUAGACAUUAGGUGGCUGUCUUUGGCGUGGGAAAGCUGCACCUGUGAGGCCCCCGUACUGUGUUGGGUAGAAUGACUUCAUUCACACAGGAUGUUAAAGAGACACUGUAAUGUGAUACCUCUGCUAACAGACAGUUGGAUUGAGUUCCUAUUGUUUUGUUGGCAGGUGUUGGAGUGCCUGGGUCCUCCCUAUCACCUGGAUCUGCACUCAGUGAUACCUCCUCACUGUCACCACUGUCCCUGAAAGUAAGUCUACACUUCACAUAACACUCUCCCCCUAUGUACAAGUAGAAGGCUAACCACUCACUACUCUCACUUACUUCUCUCUUGUGCAUGCAUCUCCCUACCAGCAGGAGGAUGCUGUGUCUAUGCAGCCUUUGCCGACUAUGCUCACUCCCCAGAGGGUGUCCAUCCAGCCCAAACCGCCCCCCUCUGUCCCCCUCACACACCCUGUGGCCCCUUUUCUCAAAACCAGGACCAUUGUCAUCCAGCCUGUUGGCCUACAGACUGUGGUCUCAGUGGUCAAGGCACCAUCACCUGUGACGGUCCAUGCUACUGCCCCCUCUACUGGUGAGAGACAGAAUGUUCAUUCUGUUGUAGGCUUGUGUUGACUUGAUACAAUGAAAUGUCUUUACGAGUGAUUUAAAUAAUGUGCACAGUUUGUUGUCAAUAAUGUCCAUCUAUAUUGGUGAGUCUUAUUCACUGAAGUAAUUCCGGUUAUUCGGCUUGCUCAGUCCAAUAGUCCUUUGAUUUGUUCCCUUGUAUCUCAGUUGGUAGAGCAUGGCGUUUGCAACGCCAGGGUUGUGGGUUUGAUUCCCACGGGGGACCAGUAUGACAAAAGUAUGAAAAUGUAUGCACUCACUACAAUAAGUCGCUCUGUAUAAGAGCGUCUGCUAAAUGACUAAAAUGUAAAAAUGUACACAUUUGAUCUAGUGACCCAUUUCCCUAUCUUAAGUGGAUAAGUGCAUAUUGUCUAUAUUCCUGAUUGUGGCAUUUGAAAGAAAAGUAAAAGCAGAAUCAACAUUCUGUGGACAACACCAAAAUGAAAGAGGAACAGUUCUAUGCGUUUGUAUCUUCUAUGACUGCACAUGUUGCUCUUGACCACAAGGUGUCCUCAGUCUGUUGUCUCUUGUUCAAAUAAGGCUACUGCCUCCUCCUCAAAUACAGCAACACAGUGUCCAGCCUAUGAUCAGUGUAUACCAUGCAGUAACCUCAAGGACAGAGUUUUCCACUGUGUGGAAAUAUUAAUGUUUAAAAACAUAUAUUUCAUGAACGUCAGCACAGAGCACACUCAUAUCGUGUACCUGCCGUAACCUCUAAUUUCUAUGCCAAUGAUCAAACAGAUACAUCCAUCAUAUAGGUAUUGAUGUCAUCUGUACAACUACUCACCUCCUCCAAUGUUUCCUAUUCACAGGAGUCAUCCAUGUUCUCUCUGAGGCAGUAGCAUCAUGGCCCAUUAGUAGCCCGACUAAAAUACUUUAACCUCAGUAGGACCUUAGGGCUACUUUUAUUAUUACAGAGUAAUUAGCAUGGGAGCGUUCUCCUCUGCAGGCCCCUACUACAAUCCAUUAGACUUCACUAGGGCCAGGGCUUUGAAGGUGACUGUGGCAGGGCUUUAUUGUUUGAUAAUGGGUCCUUGGAAGACAGCUGAAGGGGUCUGAGGGAGGGACAGGCUCUCAGCAGUAAAUUAGUCUGACUCUGGACAUGGAGUGGGAUGGAUCUGGGGUUUUGAUGAGUUUAUGGGGGUCAAUACAGAUGACCUGACAUCCUUAGUGAUCGUGGGUGAGGAUGAGGAAAUUUUUUCACAGUCUGGUUAGAAAGAAAACAAAUACUAUCUGAAUCCAGGUCUGAUCGUAUGAGAUGAGCAUUGUAAAGAGCUAUUGUACAUGUUCCCCAGCUGAAAAAUGCUGUCUACUAUGACAGUAUUCCAUCAAUUAUUACAGGGAUGUACUCUGAGUGGAAAUGGCCCCAGUGGGACAUAGGAUGGUCUCAGAUCUGGAUGUGCUUUAACUCGUCUUACUCUGUCAUGCCAUAGUCUAAAGCUAAUCCAGGUCUGGGACAAGGCUAAAACAGACAGACAGAAGGGUUGACCUCUUUCAUAACUCUGUAUCUGGUCUUUGUCAUCAGCAGGUCACACAAUGCAUCUCAAGCCGAGACAGUUGAUUGGACCACAGAUCGCUUCCCCAGCCCCUGCCCUCCUCACUGUCACCAACCAGGUGGUUACCAUGCCAACCGUCCCCCAUCAUGUUACCAUGGGGACCACUGUCCUCUCUGGCCCAGCCCAUCCCAUGACGGUGACCUAUCACAACACAGCAGUGGACACUGAGGUAUGUUUGACAUUGAAAUGGAUCUGACCUCCGUAGAGCACUGUAUGUGUCUGCUUUCUAUUGACCUUUUUGGAGAGUAGCUUCCAGCAUAGUGUUCUGGCUUAUUCCAUGAUUUAUUCACUCAGAUUAGAUGCACACAGUGGUGACACGUCUAGCCUAAAGUCAUAUCUUACUCCAGUCAACAAGCCCGGGUCUGCCCAGUGUCCAUCCAGACAUCUGGAGGGAGGUGGGAGUCAUCAAGAGAUAUGGGUGUCUACUGCCUGGGGGGCUUGGUGGUCCCAGACAGGUGGAGGAGGGAGGAAGCUGGUAGUUAGGAGGGCACUGCUGCUUUAAAACCCACAGGCCCUGAGAGUGGUCAGACAGAAAUGGAGCACCUGGAUUUUUACUGUGGUAACACUUACCUGGGGAAGUUUGUCUCACGGAUGGAACACAUCCGUGAGACACUCCCCCAGGGAGUAGAGUGGUGGGAUCUGUCCUUAUGUGGUUGGUAAGUUAAAUAUUUAUAACAGUGACAUUUUGCAGCCUAAAAUAGGUCAAUAACAUGAUGUGGUGAGGAGACAUUAGAAACAUCUAGAACAAUGUUUUCUUGUAACGUAAAACAUAUAUCUAAAACAUAUACCUGUCUCUUAACAACUGGGAUAUUUCAGCUUGUUCUUAAAAAGGUCCCUCAAGUGAAGAUAUAUUUAGAUUUGGCGUGUUGGCACAGUGUUGUGUCAUCGCUGAGUAAAUGUUAGUAGAACUGGGGAUGGAGCGCUGGUGCCUGGUCGUUCAUGUGACAUCGGAAACCCCCUCACAUUAGGCUACUCACCCAUCCCAACAAGGUGACAUAAGGACAGCUGGGGUGACUGGUUUAUUUAGCCUUGUCUUGAAGGAAAAAUAACGUAUAAUGGUUAACAACUGUUUAGGACCAUGUGUAGCACUGUGGUAAUGAAAAUGAUAUUAUUUGACUUUUCUAAAAUUGAAGAAAGUGGAUAAGCUGAAUAUAGAAGAAUUGAAAAAUAUCUUAUUGUUGAGGCAGCAGUUUCUCCAAUACAAUUUCUAAUUAUUUUGUCUGUGUCAUGCUACAAUAUUUGGGUUUUACAGUGUUAAAGCUUGCCAAAAAUCUUUGACCUGUUAGUAGCCCUAGUAGUAGCUAUCGAGUUGUUGGCUCAGUCAGAUUAUUUACAGCUUGUUGAACAUGACUGGAAAUGAUGAAAAUGAAAUAUUUAUAUAGUAGCUCAACAGACGUUAAACAGUGUAAAAAAAAUACUUUCAUAAUGAUUUCCUACUUCCUCAAUAUGAUGGUGCUAUUUUCAGAUCACAUCAAGACCCCAGCUGAACUCUUAGACUAUCUCAGAAAAUUUAAUUACUUCAGUCUCUAAUUAAUUGCAGUGAAAUUGGGUAUCCCAAGAGCUACCCGUUUGAAAUGGAAGCCAAGGGCUGGAUGGACAUCUUCUUGCAAUUUUCCGAAGGAAACGGUUUGAUUCCAGACCUUCUUUGAGUCUCACUCUGUGUUAGAACUGUUAGCCAUCUCCAAAGCUUACGUGGCUAUGUGAUGGCCAGAAUGUAGUGGCGGGAAUUUUGCUGUGUCAUGGCUUUUUGCCUUGCUAGUAGACAAGGAUGGCUUUUUUGUGUGUGUGUGUGCGUGUGGGGGGGGAUAGGAAAUUGAAGAAGAGUGUCUUCCUCCUCCUCCCACCCCUGAGGCUCAUGUAAGGCUGGUAAUGACCUUUAACCCCCUGGGAACCUCAGUAGGGCACAUUGUCUGAAUGGGUCUUUUGAAAGGCCUAACUGUCUGUGGCUGUGCCCAGACAGUGAGGACAAGGAGGCCCACAGGAAGAUGGGUGAGUUAUCUCCCUGUUUCAAAUGAAAGAGGAGAUAAAACAAUCGUUGACAUCACCGGUAAAACAUGACAGUGGCUUCUGGCUUCGCCUUGUACCUAAUAUCACCCCUUAGCCCUGAUAUAUUUAAAAUGUAGCUCAACCUAUCACAGCCUCUCAUUCUGUUACUAAUUAUGUCAUACAUGACCAUAUGCAAUGGUUAUAGUUUUAACUUAAGGGUCGUUCCGCCUCAAAAAGCACAAGAAAGAGGAUUUAGACACCCACCAACUCCGAUUGUUCUGAAAUAAUUUCUGUAGUUAGUAACAGAUACAUUCCUGAAACAUUAUUUUGUUGAAAUAUAAUUUUAUCUCAGAAAUUAGGCUAAUUGAUUGAACCCAAUUGGCAAUUUAAAUGUAUAGGUUUCAGAUAAUAUUCAAUGAAUGUAGUACCCAAAUACGAUUUGGACCAAACAUCUUCCUAGCAAUGAGUAAGACAUGAGGAAUCCAAAAACAUGGUCAAAAGCCACCCACGGACCCCCCACACCACAUGCCAAUCCCACCCUAACAAUCAGUAUUCAGUAUUAGUUCUCUAUGUUUGACAAGUUGUAUGAAGCUGUGGCUUGGAGUAUUGCUUCUCUGUACUAUGUAAUGUAUUCCCUGUUAAUCUGGUAAUGUUUUUUUGAUAGCAGGAACAUAGCAUUGAUAUUUCAUAUCAAUUUAUGGCCGUGCUUCUACAAAGCAGGGGCAGGCUAUGUAGUGACGCUGCUAGAUAUUCACAGUGUAAUGUAGGAGGCCAACUUCCUGCCAAAAUGUCUACUAGAUGCUCAUGGGAACUGGAAGCGACGGCCAAGGAAUAGGAUGAAUGGUCUUCAAAAAGCAGUUUUUGAAUCUUCAUUCAGAAAAACGAACAGACAAGUACAGUAGGGAUGUAUAGAUAGAUUGAUAGAUCAUUUGUAUGGCUCAUGGUGGAGAAGGCUCGAAAAGCCUUUGCUGGAUCCUAAUUCACUGCCUUUGAAGAAAUACAGUUCAUGUAUUGUACUGUAAGUCUGUGUACAGUACAAUAGCAUAGGGCUUAAUUCAAUCAAACCCACAUUGUAGUAUUUGCUGUAUGCAGUAGCUCUUUUCCUGUGAUAAAAUAAAAUCACUGGAUGGAUUUGGGUACUGUUAAAACCAAUUUUUACUAGUACCAGGUAGACAUCCCUCACAGGUAGAUGCCAAUUCUCAGAUUAAGACGUGUGCUUGUGCAUGCAUGCACACUCGUGUCUGGGCAGUAGUUUGUAAACAAAGGAACUGCUUAAAAAUGGCUACGGCAAUUUAAAACAAUGGCGUAAAACAAUAACUUCAUGGUCCUGCGAGCUUGAUGUUAUCUCACCGCACAAAAACGGCUUAUUUCCCCAUUUUCCCCCCCCCACCGCCCAGAGUGUUACAACAAUCAUCCCAUCCUCCAAUCAACAACCACGCUGUAAUCUACAUUUCUUGACAGCGCCAACUCAUAGUUUCAUAUAAUUCUAAUUUUCAGUGUCUGAUUUAGAUUAUGUUCCCGACUCCCUGUUUUCGCCACGGUCACUGAAGUGCUAGAAUGCUGACUGUCUACCAUUGUGGAGGAGGGGGAGUUUGUACUGUUGGCAAUGUAGUAGUUACUAAAGGCAGGGUAUCAUUUUCCCCUUGCAGGACACGUAUCCUCCCCCUCACCGAUGGCAGCCCCCCCCCCAAAAUACAUCUGUUUCUACGGAGACCAAAUAAAACUGUGUGGUCUGAAUUUGCAUAGCUCCGAAAGCUGUGCUAUUAGAAAUGUUACGAAGCAUGGCCUCAGAAAUGGGGUGCAGCAGUGGUCUAUGGCUCAGUGGUAGAAAGACUCAGAGAGGGCAUUGGAGGACAUCAGAAUGUAUGCCAGUUACUAAACUCUGAGUGUCUGGCUCUGGGUUUACAUAAACAAUGGCUGUCUGCCUUCUAAAAAUACAAUGGAACUGUUAGGCUUAACCUGUGCGCUAUAUUCUGUUUCAUUUAAUCAAAUUGAUUAUUUUCCUAAAACAUUGCAAGAGCAUUCCUCUCAUGGUCAUUCUUUAACACUCAGAAUGUCCUGUCCCCUUCUCUCCUCUCUCCCUGUAUGGUCGUCCUUACAUAAUCCCACCAUUAAUUAUGUCGGCGUCUUAACAAUGUCCGUCCAGCUCCCAGCCCACUCCGACAUGGGAAAAGGCAGUGUGUGCGUGCAAGUGUGAAGUUAGGACGAAUUAGGUCCGUUCUGGGGAAACAUGCUGGAGUCAUUAUCAGCUUGUAAUUGAUGAUUCCGGGUCACUUUUUCCAUCUUUCGCAGCAGCUGCACCUGUUGAGUUUGACUGAGUGAGUAUGUGACUGAAUGUAAUGUGCUCUGUUAGAUAAACAAAUAGCCUGCUCUGUCUGAGCAGUCAAGAUGGCGUCCAAAAGGUGUUACUGUCGGAUAUGGCUUAUGUCUGGUGUAACUGGCGUCACCAGAUUGGUUUUGUAAACACACAGCCAAUGCCAUCUGCAUGCCCAAGCCAAUGUACUCGUAUCAUAUAAUCUUCAAGUUCUGCUGUGUUGCGGACAUCCAUUUUGAAUUGUUAAUGUUUGUUCUGAAUAGGUGGAGUUGGUUUAAGCAUGGUGUUUGCGAGUUGGUGUGGGUUUGAUUCUCACAUGGACCACAUACUGCUGAAUAUGUGUGGUAACUUUGAACUUAUAAAAGCCCCUGUCUUAUGACCAUGUCACAUUAUUAUAUCAGUCCCCCUUUCUCCACCUGUCCAGGUGUGUGCGGUGCGGCGGCAGCAGAGGAUGUUGAAGAACCGUGAGUCGGCCACACUGUCCAGGCUGAGGAGGAAAGAGGCCCAGCAGGCCCUGGAGGCCCGUCUCAAGGGUGCACUGUGUGAGAACCAGAGGCUGCUCCGGGAGAACGGAUCCCUCAGAACCCAGCUGGAGGGACUGCUUACUGAGGUGAGGGACGGCCCGGUUUGAACACCUUCAAAUUGCACCCUUCCUUGAGAAAAUCACAGAUCUAAAACGUAAGAUAAGUGGAAACAAUGGGGUGGAAACCAUGACUUUAUCUUUUCACUCACUUACAUAGCAGUGAUUAUCUUAAGGAAAGGAGGAAGCAGGGUUGCGUUUUGAAGGUAUUUGAACAGUGCCACAGGCUCAGACAGGCACUAAGAGCAGGGAUGUGUUUAAUUCCAGGAAGUUGCUUCGUCCCUUGUACUCUUGAUCACUUUGGGGAUCUGAUAGGACUAGAAAAGUGUCUAGCCCCGUAUAUUUCAGAGGAAUUCAUAGGUGAAGCAUUAAGCAAUAUGGUAGUAGCCCCACCUUGGCCUAUGAUAAGCGAGAGGGGAUUUUUGCCACAUUGUUAACACCUAUCCAAUCCUCUUGGACCUCCGCAAGUGCACAGGGGCGGGGCGCUAAGGGUCGAUUCAUUUUAUUGAAGUAAUCACUGAUCUAGCAUGAUUUGAUAGGUGAACGUUUGUGCCAAUGCAUAGCUUGCGUAGAGCCAGCUAGGUUAAAUCCGUUUUUUGGUCUCUUUCUCCACAGAACACUGUUCUGAAGGUGACGGCUCCAAAGAGACGAGCUGUGUGUCUCAUGGUCGUCCUGGUCUUCUUCGUGCUUAACACUGGUCCCAUAAGGUGAGCACUGGUCACUGGUGUGUGUUUAUGUGUGUGUCACUACAACCCUCCACAACCCCUCAUGCAGUGUCUCACUGUAGUAUCUGUCACAAACAAUGUGUUUGAGUCUCUCUCCUCCAGUUUCCAGACUUAAAUUCAACCACAUUCACAUAUGAUCAUCCAUCCAAAUGAAUGAUCUAUCAAUGGGCGGCUUUUAUGUCAGCCAGUCAGUCAGUCAGCUCUUUGCUAUGUCCAGAUCUCGAUAAUUCACCAACAUGCUGUAUAAAUUAGGCGUUUUCCCCCAAUGUCUUGGAAAAAGUGCCACAUCCCCCCCAAAAAAUUCCCUCAUGAAGGAAGGCUUCGGAAAGUUGGAUGAGAGUCGGGAGAGGAGAAGGGCUUCGAGUUUUCCAUACGCUCAAGCUUCCCAGAAUUAGGAAUGUGGGAGCGUUGCUUCCCUUCCACGCCGGCCGGCCGGUUUGGAGACACAGCCUGGACAUCAGCUUAUUUAUUUCUACACUCUAAAUGUAUUAUAUCACUCCGUUCUGAAUGGACAUGUCCCUUUAAAUCCUCUCACAAGUAUUUGUUCAAUAAACCCUGGCCAGGAGCUGAGUGAACGUUCGCUAAUGUUUCCGGCUCAUGGUGAGACUAGUUUAAUAAAAACAACACCAGUAUUUCCAGUCAUAGCUUAAAUCAUCAUCAAAUGUUUUUUCAAUGAAUAAGGUCCUGCUGCUGAGUUUAUAUUUUGUCACUCACACGUUUGGUUUAAUUUGCAGGCAUUUGAAGGGUGUAAGGUUUUUUGUAACUGUUUUAAUUUGAUACUACUGCACAACUUGUCCAUAUAAGGAGCCCAUAGACGUGUGUCUUUGUGUUGAGCGCUUCUCUCAGGUCUUUACAGGGUCUGGUAUUGUUUGGGCUCAAGUAGGAGACCACACAGUGUUAUCCUCUUCUCUCUCUCUUUCGCUGUGUGUGUGUGUGUGUUUGUGUGUUUUAGCCAAGAGUGCCAUCCCUCUCCUAAGCCACAUGAAGCUCUUUGUGGUUUUCAGUCUGUUGUCUGGCCACAAUGACCAAUCCUCUGCUUCCUGAUCUGUUGUUGAGAUCAAUCUUCCUCUUGUCUUCAUCGCCCAACUUUGUUGUUUCAUGCUUGUGUAGGCAUUUUGACCAUUUUGAUAAAAAGUUUGACUUCUUUAGGAAAAAUGUUUGAAGAGCCUUUAUGGAUUCAUAACAAAUUAAACACUACCAUCAAAUUGUCAAAUUGAAAACAGUUUUCAACCACUGUGUGUGUGUUUUUGUGUGACCGAUUCACUACAGAACGUUCCUGUCCUUAAAGGGAAAUACUUUAAAGUCUCUAAUGCUCUAAUAAUGUUCUAAUCAAUGUGUGUGUGUUAGUCCAUAUUGUUCUUGCUGUGUUUGGCCUGGCUUAUGUAACUGAAGGCCUUGCCCUGUCCCUCUGGUCUCAGUGUGUGGGAGUCAGAGCCCAGCAACUUCAGCCUGUCCACUGGGAAGCCACAAAGCAGCCGACAUCUGCUCAGCUUCUCCCCUGACCAACAACUGAGGAGUGGGGAGGAAACACCAGCCCCCCAGUCCCCACUGGAGCCCCUGGAUGCCCAGUACCCACAAUCCCACCAAUCCCAGGACAGGUAAUUAACACAACAUGAACAUGAGGGUUUCCUGACCCAAUAUACUUAUAAUACUGUUUAUACAUAUGUUCUCUCUAAAAAUAUACAGUAUGUGUGCAUGCACGUACACACACACACACACACACACACACACACACACACACACUAUUGUUCCCAGGAGUUUAUUUUAAUUUUUCGUUAGUGUUUUAGUUUGUUUCCUUUGAAUUGCUUCUAAAUGCGGUCUGCUGCCAUGACAAACUGAUUCAUUAUCGGUUUGUCUUGGACAUCUGUCACUGUCAUUUCCUGCCCACAAUGAUUUAAAAACCUAAUCUAUAACAAUUUGUUCCACUCACAGUCUCACACCAGGUGGUUCCUUCUCAUAUAAGGAUAAGUAAAACCAAAGAACCAUUAGCACAGCACUCUAGCCCUAUAGGAAACGUGAUGCACCGUUAUGUAUCAACGAGAACCAAUGGUUUCUGCUAAGUCUCUCACUGACUUGUGAUUGUACCUCAGUGUUCUGGCAGAGCCUGUCUCGAGACACUCGUUUCCCAGAGCCUGAAGAAUGACUUAAGGAAAUAGAUGGGAUGCGCUUACUGUACGGGAAUGUAAAUUACUGUAAUCAUAUGUCUGGGGUACACCCUAGACUCGUUAAUUCAUUGGAGAGGGACCCAGUUUUCAGAAGUACUUUGCUGUUUUUAUGGACUAACGGAAAAUCAACUAGAGGUGUGAGGUUGCAUAAGUGUUUUCAGUGUUCAGGUACUCUUUACAAAUGACAAUUAUCUCACAAUUCACGUAAUCUUGGUUCCCAGAAUAACAAAAUCUUGCAUGCACCCUGACAGGAAUUACACUAUUUACACACCAUCGGCCAGAUCACGCGCAAUAAAAGAGUUUAGAUUGAUAGGCUUUAAAGCUGGAAUUCUUAAUUGGUGAAACUUCCAUGUCCGUUAGGGAUAUUACAACAACAAAGUAGUUACUGCAAAAGUAGUUACAUGCCAUGAGGAUGAGAGGAAAUGUUGUAGUUUUAAAGCAAAUUUCCUGCAAUUCUACAAAUUUUUCCAUUGUUUCUAAAAUAGAUGUUAAAGAAAUUGUUUGGAGGGACAAAUCGACCUGUGGCAAUUUCGCCUAUGCUUUAAAGCUACAUCUUUGUCUUGGAAAAAUGCUCACGAACCAGGAAUAAGAUUUGUAAAAAAAAGAAUCAUGCUGAAUUGAAGAAAAGUGGGUACACUCAAGUGUUUUACCAGGCUUCUGGAGUAGAAUCAGAUGCAUCCAAGAGCACUUCAUUCUGUCCAAAAAAAAAAGAACUGUAGAGGGGUUUGGUCUGUUGUUUCUGUUUGAAUAAGCGUCUAUUUCCAGCCCUUCUUUUUUUGAGGGGAAUGGAGAGAUUGUUCAUUUUAUCUUGGUGAUAAUAUUUACAUCCUGUUAUACAGGACUCACAUAUGUUUACCUUAUUUAGACACAUCAUUCUGUGGUGAAAAAUCUGUGGGUUGAAUUGGAGUGUUACAAGCAGAGCACAAUAAAAUAGUAUUACAAGGGGUGUGUCUUUUUAGUGACCAGUUUAAUUUGACAGUCACCACUGGUCGUCCCCACCCUAUUGUGGCCUUCUGAUCUGGAGCCCAAGGCUCAUCUGGUUAACAGUUUUUGAAAUGGAACAGACCAUUUAUCAAACUAUUCCCAGGAGACAUCCAGUCCAACGUCUCCUGCUGUGUGCGUGAAGAAGAGAGGUCACUGGCUCUGCAGGUUAUUUUUGCAGGUCACUGCGUAAAACUCAACUUAACCCCCUUCAUUAACUUAUGACCUAAUUCAUCAACUGAGGGGAAAUUUUUGGCUAUCGAGUCAUCUGCAGAGUUGUUUGUUCCAGAUGUGAAUCAGCUGCUCGUUUAGAACUGAUGAACACAGGGCCUCCCGAGUGGCGCAGCGGUCUAAGGCACUGCAUCGCAGUGCUAGAGGUGUCACUACAGACCUGGGUUCGAUCCCAGGCUGUCACAGCCAGCCACGACCGGGAGACCCAUGAGACGGCGCGCAAUUGGCCCAGCGUCGUCCGGGUUAGGGGAGGGUUUGGCCGGCCGGGGCGCACGCACGCUGACUUCGGUCGCCAGCUGUACAGUGUUUCCUCCGACACAUUGGUGCGGUUGGCUUCCGUGUUAAGUGAGCAGUGUGUCAAGAAGCAGUGCGGCUUGGCGGGGUCGUGUUUCAGAGGACGCAUGGCUCUCGACCUUUGCCUCUCCCGAGUCCAUAUGGGAGUUGCAGCGAUGGGACAAGACUGUAACUACCAAAUAAUUGAUGAACACCUGGGAUGGCCAGAGUAAGUAACUGAUUAUUCCGGUUAAUAUUCCAGUCCUUAGGCCACAAGGAAAAGCCACAGCAUACACCAGCAUAUCAGCAGCUGGAUCACAACGAGAUCACAACGAGGGGGGGUGAAUGUGUUGUCGGUGUUGAUUAAUCUCUCUCUCUCUCUCUCUCUCUCUCCUCUCUCCCUCAACAAUAAAGCUCAACCGAGCGAAGAGAGAAGAGGAGAAGCGAGAAGAGGCGAGACACACCGAAAAGAACGAGAGCAGAGAACGAAAAGCAAGACCAGAGAACCAAGAGAACAAAAGAAGAGAGAGAAGCAAAGAGAGAGAGGAGAGAGAGAGAGAGAGAGAGCGGAGAGAGAGAAAAAGAGAGUAGAAAAGAAAAGAAAGAGAAGAGAGAGGAAACUCAACUACCUCUCGCUUCCUUCACAAACCUUACCUCUACUACUAUCCCUAACACACAUCCUCCUCUCUCCCCUCACCUCACUCUCUCUCUCCCCCCUCACCUAUCUCUAUCCUUCUCCUCUCCUCUCUCUCUCUCUCUCCCCUCACCUCUCUCUCCCCUCUCUGUGCAGUAGGUGGGAGGAUUAUACUCCAGAGGAGAUGGCUCUAGCUGUGGUCAAGAAGGAGCCUCUCCUGUUUGGGUCACCCUCCUCGCCCCCCUGCCAAUCCCACUCUCCUGUCUCUAGGUCCAAGUCCCUCCGGUCAGUACUAACCAAGUCCAUCUGAUUAGUAGCCUACUAACAGCCGAGAAUUUGGUUCUACUUAGCCUCAAUCUUCCAGCCUUCUUGUCUCGAUCACCAGUAUGGAAGCAAGAUUAGAACAUCUGGCUACAUAAGACUAGUGUACCUCGAUUUCAGAAUUAUAAUUCCAUAUUGAAUUCACUGUAUUACCUACCUGAAUUGAGUAUAAAUGAGUCCACUCAGUACUCUGUAGAAGCUAGCCUUUGUCUUUCUCAUUGCUAACUAGACACUAAUGUGUGAUCCAUGUUGGCUGCUCAUCAAACCAAACUGUUCACCAGUCGUUUUGACGCCGUCACAGUGGACUGAAAAGGUGUCUGGAACUGUGAAACUCACUCAAUCUUCAAUCCAUCGUCAUUUGAGAGGGAUGAGGUUCAUAUGAAAGCUAGCAGCUGCCUUCAACAGUUCUUACAUUGAAGUUAAUAAAGUAUGACUUCUAACGGAAUAUUCCUCCUUCCCCUAUAAUCCAGUCUGGCUCAGAACUUGCGAGGCUGGGUUCAUCGACACGAAGAGGAGAGGACCAAGUCCACACGUUCAACCACUGAUCAGUCCAGACAUACAACAACUGAUCAGCACACAACCAAAACUGUCCUGGUAGGUUAGACACUCUUCUAUGACCUGCUUGCCUACAAAACAGCGAAAAAGCUAUACUAACCAGGUCAUUGGUUUUCCCUGGUCAGGUCCCAUGGCCCUAAUAGUGAGAUGUUUUAAAGUGUGAUCAAAUGUCCGUAAUGGUCAUUGCAAUUUUUUUGGACAGGUUAUUAAGCAGUACCUCAGAGGAUAUUUAAACUGUCAGUACGUAGGCCGAUGUCUACUCCAAUAGAGGUUUCAGGUUUCAGGCGCGUGUCAAGACAGCUCUCCAUGAUGACUCAUUUAGGAGAGCUGCCACAGGAACAUAAACAGUUUAGUGAGAAUGUGUAUCUUUCUUGCUAUGAGGUCACAGCUGCCGUCAUCUGACUCAAUUUGGCUAAUAGCUAAAUAUUUAUGUUUUUGUUAUAGGUAACACUGAAAUUGAAUUUACGGUUAUAAAGCCUUUCUUGUGUUAGAUCCUGAUAUUAGUUGAUGGCAUUUUACUUGUUUUUGCUAUAACACUUUUUUGGGGCCGAGGCUGCGUAUUCGUAGGUAACCGUCACGCCCCCGUCACCACCCCGCCCCCCCUGGAUCCCUUUUCCACAGAGCUGAAGAUCCAAAUCACGUUCUGUGCAUGUGUUUCUUUACGCACACAUUUUUGUUGUCACCCUCCCUUCACAUUUCUCACUGUCAAUCUUGAAUUAUAAUUCUUCAUGUUUACCAGUGGAACAUCCAAGAAGCAUCUGCAUACCAACCAUUUGAUCCCAAUCAGUUUCAUGGGGAUAUGCAUUUAGAUAUUCUUGAGUUAUACAGUGUUGUUUCAAGUAGCCUACAGUGUUUUGAAUUAUGUAGUGAGCGAAUUGCAGAACAGAUGGUGUUAACAAACUGUAGCAUAGCCUGCCUGUGCUUUGUUUCAAUCAAAGCACAUAUUUUGUUUAGUGGCACGCUGUUGAGUUAUGGCCACAUGAGAGACAAAUGCGACCAUUCGCACAAUCAUCCAAAAAAUCUCAUAAGAAAUGAGGUGGUGUUUUGUUUUACAGUAACGUUAUACUAUGCUAUAAUAUUUGGUUCUUUUAUGUAGAACACUAUCAUUAUGUGACCUUGCAGACAUUGAUUCAGCUUUGAUCUAAUGUUAUUAAAACAACCAUUAUUCGCUAGAGUAGCCAGUUCUCUAUGAGCAGAGACCACUGCCAUAAAGUAGAGAAUCCCGCACGUGCAGAAGUUUCGCGACCUUAAGCUGUCAGGAACAAGGGUCCAGAAAAGUUGGAUCCACAGCCACUCCGUAUUUUGUUAUGACAUCUGUUAUGUGCCAUCUAUGACAGCCUAAAUAGAGAGGUUUGAAGACUGGGUGCUAUAGACCGUAUUAUUGUUUUAGACUGACUUCCAUUUGAACCCAGUGAGUCAAGUAUGCUGCUUCAGAAGGUGAGGAGCCCAAAUCAUUAAAUCAGUUUUACAGGCUCCUUCAGCCGGUUUACAUUAUUAUACAGACUGAGCUGCCGGAGAGGACCGGGAUCUAUAAAGGAGCUAUAUAGCUCCGCAAAUGUAGUCCUAAAAAGUUGGUCCCACUUAGAAACAAAAUAAUGUGAAUUUGAGUGCUUGGCUGUUUUAACCCUUUACGCUAGUGGGAAUUGGCCUAUAUGGAUGGGGUUAAAUUGAAAUGUUUCUUACAGAAGAAAUAUGAAAUGCAUAUGCAUAACCAUGGUAGCAAUUGAAAGGGAGCAGUUUUGAGAUUUUAUUAGACCAAAGGUGAGGACACAACAGUUCACAUGACACAAGAUUGAAUGUAAACAUUAAACUGUUGAUUUUAUGUGCAUUUUACAUUUACUGUACUUUUCUCCACAUUUGUUGAUAACGAAAUCUGAAAAUACUCUGAAUACAUUCAGUAACAUAAGAAUAUUCCUGGAAAAUGUGUUGUAGGUGCAACAUAAGCUUGUUCUAUUGCCAACAUGACUAGCUAAGUUAUAAAAUAUGAUAUUACAGUGGUAGGCUUUCACACAAUUCAGGGAAACGGAUCGUAAUGUUGGUGUGCAUAGAAAGGAUUACAGUAGACAAACAGGCUCAUUCUGUUCAGAACAACCCAGGGUAUGACACCAUGUCAUCUUGUAACUGUACAUCAAACAUAAUGAUCAUAAACGUUGACACUGUACAUGACAUGACAUUUAUUUACAUUUACAUCAUUUACCAGACGCUCUUAUCCAGUAUUUGUCUAAUUUUUAUAUUUUUUCUUAUUUUUAGAGUAUAUUUUAAUUUUUCAUUUGUUUUAUAUAUAUAUAUAUAUAUUUUUUUUUUUUUCUUUUUUUUUUUAUUGGUAUGUAUUUAUUUUUUUGGGGGGUGGGUAGAAGGAUUACUUUUAUACUAUCCCAGGUAUUCCUUAAAGAGGUAAGGUUUCAAGUGUCUCCGGAAGGUGGUCAGUGACUCCGCUGUCCUGGCGUCGUGAGGGAGCUUGUUCCACCAUUGGGGUGCCAGAGCAGCGAACAGUUUUGACUGGGCUGAGCGGGAACUGUGCUUCCGCAGAGGUAGGGGGACCAGCAGGCCAGAGGUGAAAGAACGCAAUGCGCUCGUUUGGGUGUAGGGACUGAUCAGAGCCUAAAGGUAAGGAGGUGCCGUUCCCCUCACAGCUCCGUAGGCAAGCACCAUGGUCUUGUAGCAGAUGCGAGCUUCAACUGGAAGCCAGUGGAGUGUGCGGAGGAGCGGGGUGACGUGAGAGAACUUGGGAAGGUUUAACACCAGACGGGCUGCAGCGUUCUGGAUGAGUUGUACAGGUUUAAUGGCACAGGCAGGGAGGCCAGCCAACAGCGAGUUGCAGUAAUCCAGACGGGAGAUGACAAGGGCCUGGAUUAGGACCUGUUCUGCUUCCUGUGUAAGGUAGGGUCGUACUCUGUGAAUGUUGUAGAGCAUGAACCUACAGGAUCGGGUCACCGCUUUGAUGUUAGCGGAGAACGACAGGGUGUUGUCCAGGGUCACGCCAAGGUUCUUUGCACUCAGGGAGGAGGACACAACGGAGUUGUCAACUGUGAUGGCGAGAACAUGAAGCGGGCAGUCCUUCCCCGGGAGGAAGAGCAGCUCCGUCUUGCCGAGGUUCAGCUUGAGGUGGUGAUCCGACAUCCACACUGAAAUGUCUGCCAGACAUGCAGAGAUGCGAUUCGCCACCUGGUUAUCAGAAGGGGGAAAGGAGAAGAUUAAUUGAGUGUCGUCUGCGUAGCAAUGAUAGGAGAGACCAUGUAAGGAUAUGACAGAGCCAAGUGACUUGGUGUAUAGAGAGGAUAGGAGAGGGCCUAGAACUGAGCCCAGGGGGACACCAGUGGUGAGAGCACAUGGUGCGGAGACAGAUUCUCGCCACGCCACCUGGUAGGAGCGACCUGUCAGGUAGGACGCAAUCCAAGAGUGAGCCGCGCCGGAGACGCCCAACUCAGAGAGGGUGGAGGAGGAUCUGAUGGUUCACAGUAUCAAAGGCAGCAGAUAGGUAUAGAAGGAUGAGAGCAGAGGAGAGAGUUAGCUUUAGCAGUGCGGAGAGCCUCCGUGACACAGAGAAGAGCAGUCUCAGUUGAAUUACCAGUCUUGAAACCUGACUGGUUUGGAUCAAGAAGGUCAUUCUGAGAGAGAUAGCAGGAGAGUUGGCUAUAGACAGCACGCUCAAGAGUUUUGGAGAGAAAAGAAAGAAGGGAUACUGGUCUGUAGUUGUUGACAUCGGAGGGAUCGAGUGUAGGUUUUUUGAGGAGGGGUGCAACUCUCGCUUUCUUGAAGAUGGAAGGGACAUAGCCAGCGGACAAGGAUGAGUUGAUGAGCGAGGUGAGGUAGGGGAGAAGGUCUCCGGAAAUGGUCUGGAGAAGAGAGGAGGGGAUAGGGUCAAGCGGGCAGGUUGUUGGGCGGCCGGCCAUCACAAAUCGCAAGAUUUUAUCUGGAGAGAGAGGGGAGAAAGAAGUCAAAGCAUAGGGUAGGGCAGUGUGAGCAGGACCAGCGGUGUCAUUUGACUUAAUAAAUUAGGAUCGGAUGUCGUCAACCUUCUUUUCAAAAUGGUUGACGAAGUCAUCCACAGAGAGGGAGGAGGGAGGGGGAGGAGGAGGAGGAUUCAGCAGGGAGGAGAAGGUGGCAAAGAGCUUCCUAGGGUUAGAGGCAGAGGCUUGAAAUGUACAGUGGUAGAAAGUGGCUUUAGCAGCAGAAACGGAGGAAGAGAAUGUAGAGAGGAGGGAGUGGAAAGAUGACAGGUCCGCAGGGAGUCUAGUUUUCCUCCAUUUCCGCUCGGCUGCCCGGAGCUCUGUUCUGUGAGCUCGCAAUGAAUCGUCAAGCCAUGGAGCAGGAGGGGAGGACUGAGCUGGCCGGGAGGAUAGGGGACAUAGAGAGUCAAAAGAUUCAGAGAGGGAGGAGAGGAGGCAGAAUCAGGAGAUUGGAGGGAGAAGGAUUUAGCAGAGGGAAGAGAUGAUAGGAUGGAAGAGGAGAGAGUAGCGGGAGAGAGAGGGCGAAGGUUGCGACGGCACAUUACCAUCUGAGAAGGGGCAGUGAGUAGUGUUGGAGGAGAGCGAGAGAGAAAAGGAUACGAAGUAGUGGUCGGAGACUUGGAGGGGAGUUGCAGUGAGAUUAGUAGAAGAACAGCAUCUAGUAAAGAUGAGGUCAAACGUAUUGCCUGCCUUGUGAGUAGGGGGGGACGGUGUGAGGGUGAGGUCAAAAGAGGAAAGGAGUGGAAAGAAGGAGGCAGAGAGAAAUGAGUCAAAGUAUUUUAUGAUAUGGAAAAGUGCACAUUUGGACUCAAGGGUGUUUGGCUCACUUGUAUGACAUCAAAGCAGUAUUUAUUAUAAUCCUCAAUGUCUCAUCUUUCAAAAUACACCGGGUCCUCUUAAUUUACAGCAUUUCCCUCACUCAAGUCAACAAAAAAUGUGCUAAAGUUGCUCAAUCACCGGGAGGGAUGGGGGCACUUCUUGUUGCGCUCGGUGCUCAAGCUCAGAACAGCUGUCAGUCAAAACCUAAACAGCGCUGUGAAGAUCUGAGCCUGAGCUCUGAAGUCAUGUAUAGCAUGUUACUGUACAGCCACUGCGUUUCAAUUUAGCCGUUUUCGGUUACGAGUGUAAAGGGUUAACAUUGGUUGAGAGAGUUCACAUAAAGCUUUUAACCAUGUCUUCAUACAGUGUGCGCUGCACAAAACUGCCCUUUGUUACUGUAUGCACCACUUACUGUAGAGAAAAACAUACUAGGGAAGACACCCAAAGAAAUGCUGCCACUAACAUUAGUUGACAUGGGACGCAAAUGAUAACCAGAUCAAAUACAAACUCAGACGGCUGAUUCAGAUUUAGCUUGCUUUAGACACUUACAAUAGUCUAUCCACUCAGAAAUCGACUGCUUGGAAUUUUGAUUUUGGGAAGAUUCCAAAUGUUUCUAGCUUCCUGUGUAAGAUAUAUUUAAGGGGGUCGCCUAAUUGGAAGUGGGGGUUUUCCACUGUUAAUGACACCCUCUGGGUCUUGCAGGAAGUUGAGUGAAUUCUCUGUGAUGAUCGUCGUGGUAGGUAGAAGGAGGGAGAGGAUAUAAAGCUGUGAAUGUUUUAUAAAGUUGGAGUUGUACAGCGUUUCAUGCUCAAGGCUAAGACCUCUCACAAACAGAUGGAAACUGGGAGCAGACCGUUCCAAACUAUUUACAGGCACUACUACCACCAUCUCUCCCAUGCACGUAACCCCCAGGGCUAGACCUGGACUCAGCCUUUCUUCUCACUGGCUGUGUCUCACAUGAAACGCUACUCACAAGGAAGUGCACUACUUUUGACUAGAGCCCUGUUGCAUUGGUUACAUACAGUGUGAGUGAUCAACUCUUCUCAAGGUACUCUUUUAUACGACUCAGAUAAAUACAUUUCCUACGGUACUUCUUUGGAUGUGUUUAAACGUUAAACUCUUCCAGACUUUCCUGUCCUUUGGAAAACCCCUAUGCAUUUUCCUCUAUCUGUAGCAGAACGAACUGAAAAGAGGUAGAGACCUGUGAUUUCUCCGACCUGGAGAUUUGAUCUAUCCUAGUUUUGCAGAAUAUUGGCACCUCCUUAGCGCUUUGACCUCAUGCUCUUUCUUCUGGGUUCCCACGUUGAACCUACAGCAUAAUUUGAUGAGAAGAAGCUAGAAGACUCAUAGGGCUGACUAUUUCAUUCCAGUAAAGCGCAGGGCAGAGGUUGAACCCCAGACUGUAAGUUUAUUACAGUGCAGCUGAAAAACCCCACUGAGCUCCAUGAAACGCACGGUGAAGCACAGGCUUGGAGAGCCCUCUACGCGUUGGACGAACCCAUCUGUAACUCUCUCUCUCUCCAUCCUCACCAACCUGCUGUGUGGAAAGACAAGAAGGGACAAAGUGGAGAUAAUGUUUGUUGUUGUCAUAUUUCCUGUGAUAUCACUUUAAAUAUUAGACUAGAGUGUCUUACCAGGUCAGGCCGGAUUCGUUGCGGAGCGGGUCUUGAAAACCGCCUCACUCCACUCUUCUAGUCCCACAGGAAUGAGGCUAGCACGCAUAGUUUGAGGAGGGAUAUUUCAGGUGAAAAGGGAAUUAAAUCUACGGUACAGACUGUACAUCAUACAGGCAGGCUGAAUACCAAACUCAAGCUGUUCAUGAGUAAUGCCACUGUCUCAGAUUCUGCAGUGAAAGCAAAUCAAAUGUUAUUUGUCACAUGCGCCGAACAGGUGUAGACCUUACCGUGAAAUACUUACUUCCAAGCCCUUAACCAACAAUGCAGUUUUAAGAAAAUAGAUUUAAGAAAAUAUUUACUAAAUAAACUAAAAGUCAAAAAUGUAAUCAAAAAAGUAACACAAUAAAAUAACAAUAACUAGGCUAUAUACAGGGGGUACCAGUACCGAGUCAAUGUGCGGGGGUACAGGUUAGUCGAGGUAAUUUGUACAUGUAGGUAGGGGUAAAGUGACUAUGCAUAGCUGAUUUCUAUUUUGUACUGGAGUGACGUUUUUGGUUUGCUAUGGUGUGCGUGUCGAAAUAUGUCUGCGUUUGGUUUAUCUUGACCUCUCGGUCUCUGUGGAGAGUAUGUCCUGAAUGGAGAAACUUGGCACAGAAAAAGUGAUCUGUUUCUAUCGGUCUCUGUAUCGCACAUCUGUGUGUGAGACUGAUUUCGAUAGCACCUAACUGGCUGAAUGAUGAAGAGAGUUGGACGAGCGUCUUCUAGAUUUACCAUCACUUGCCUCUCUAUUUCUUUUUGGUACAGAGCAGAUAACCCAGUUAGAUAUGAAAGUCUAGUCACUCCUGCUUAGUCACUUUACCCCUGUCUACAUGUGCAGAUAGUGAGCUCCAAAAGUGUUGGGACAGUGACACAUUUGUUGUUGUUUUGGCUCUGUACUCCAGCACUAUACAAUGACUAUGAGGUUAAAGUGCAGACUGACAACUUUAAUUUGAGGGUUUUUUCAUCCGUAUCGUAGUCAAAGUAGUCAAAAGUUUAGUAUGUGGUCCCAUAUUCCUAGCACGCAAUGAUUACAUCAAGCUUGUGACUCUACAAACUUGUUGGACGCAUUUGCUGUUUGUUUUGGUUAAGAAUAGAAUAUGUUUCUAAACACUUCUACAUUAAUGUGGAUGCUACCAUGAUUACGGAUAGUCCUGAAUGAAUAGUGAAUAAUGAUGAAAGAGAAAGUUAGACGCACAAAUAUUAUACCCCCAAGACAUGUUUUUGAGGGUAUGAUAUUUGUGCGUCUGUAACUUUCACACUCAUCAUUAUUCACUAUUUAUUCAGGACUAUCCGUAAUCAUGGUAGCAUGCAUCCACAUGAAUGUAGAAGUGUUUAGAAACAUAUUAUAUUCUUAACCAAAACAAACAGCAAAUGCGUCCAACAAGUUUGUAGAGUCACAAGCUUGAUGUAAUCAUUGCGUGCUAGGAAUAUGGGACCACAUGCUAAACUUUUGACUACUUUGACUACGAUAUGGAUACUUUAAUACACAUACAGUACCAGUCAAUACCUGGAAUGCAUUUCAAUUAACAGGUGUUCCUUUGUUAAAAAUUAAUGCGUUAGAGCCAAUCAGUUGUGUUGUGACAAGAUAGGGGGGGUAUAUCAUUACUUUAUGACAUGAAGGUCAGUCAAUCCGGAAAAUGUCAAGAACUUUGAAAGUUUCUUCCAGUGCAGUCGCAAAAACCAUCAAGCGCUAUGAUGAAACUGGUGAUCAUGAGGACCGCCACAGGAAAGGAAUACCCAGAGUUACCUCUGCUGCAGAGGAUAAGUUCAUUACAUUUACGUCAUUUAGCAGACGCUCUUAUCCAGAGCGACUUACAGUUAGUGAAUACAUUAUUUUUAUUUUUUAUUUUUCAUACUGCCCCCCCCCCUGGGAAUCGAACCCACAACCCUGGCGUUGCAAACGCCAUGCUCUACCAACUGAGCUACAUCCCUGCCGGCCAUUCCCUCCCCUACCCUGGACGACGCUGGGCCAAUUGUGCGCUGCCCCAUGGGUCUCCCGGUCACGGCCGGCUACGACAGAGCCUGGAUUCAAACCAGGAUCUCUAGUGGUACAGCUAGCACUGCGAUGCAGUGCCUUAGACCACUGUGCCACUCGGGAGACAUUAGAGUUAACAGCCUCAGAAAUUGCAGCCCAAAUAAAUUAUUCACAGAGUUAGUCACAGACACAUCUCAACAUCAACUGUUCAGAGGGGACUGUGUGAAUCAGGCCUUCAUGGUCGAAUUGCUGCAAAGAAACCACUACUAAAGGACACCAAUAAGAAGAAGAGACCUGCUUGGGCCAAGAAACACGAGCAAUGGACAUUAGACCAGUGGAAAUGUGUCCUUUAGUCUGGAGUCCAAAUUGGAGAUUUUUGGUUCCAACCGCUGUGUCUUUGUGAGACGUGGUGUGGGUGAACGGAGGAUCUCCGCAUGUGUAGUUCCCAUCGUAAAGCAUGGAGGAGGAGGUGUUAUGGUGUGGUGGUGCUUUGCUGGUGACACUGUUUGUGAUUUAUUUAGAAUUCAAGGCACACUUAACCAGUAUGGUACCACAGCAUUCACAAGCCAUACGCCAUCCCAUCUGGUUGGGCCUUAGUGGGACUAUCAUUUGCUUUUCAACAGAACAAUGACCCAACACACCUCCAAGCUGUGUAAGGUCUAUUUACCAAGAAGGAGAGUGAUGGAGUGCUGCAUCAGAUGACCUGGCCUCCACAAUCCCCCGACCUCAACCCAAUUGAGAUGGUUUGGGAUGAGUCAGACAGCAGAGUGAAGGAAAAGCAGCCAACAAGUGCUCAGCAUAUAUGGGAACUCCUUCAAGACUGUUGGAAAAGCAUUCCAGGUGAAGCUGGUUGAGAGAAUGCCAAGAGUGUGCAAAGCUGUCAUUAAGGCAAAGGGUGGCUAUUUGAAGAAUCUCAAAUAUAAAAUAUGUUUUGAUUUGUUCAACACUUUUUUGGUUACUACAUGAUUCCAUAUGUGUUAUUUCAUAGUUUUGAUGUCUUCACUAUUAUUCUACAAUGUAGAAAAUAGUAAAAAUAAAGAAAAAGCCUUACAUGAGUAGGUGUGUCCAAACUUUGGACUGGUACUGUAAGUGAAUUUGUCCCAAUACCUUUGGUCCCCUAAAAUGGGGGGAAAACGGUUCACCUGAUAUGGAUGAAAUUACCCUCAAAUUAAAGCGGACAGUCUGCACUUUAACCUCAUAGUCAUUGUAUCUGUCACGCGGGUCGAUGUCGUCCAAGUAUGACCAAGGCGCAGCGUGUCCAAGAAACAUGACUUUAUUUAUUCAAAAGUCUGGAACAAAACAACAAAACACGACCGAUACGUGAAGUCCUCUGCAACACUGACAGAACUAAGAACAAAAACCCACAACUCCCACAAGAAAACAUACAGAAUAAAUAUGGCUCCCAAUCAGAGAUAACGAGCCGACAGCUGACACUCGUUACCUCCGAUUGGGAGUCAAUGACCAAACCUAGAAAUACAACCAACAGAAAGGCAAACCUAGAAAUACAAAACCAAAACCCAACAAAUCAAAAUACACCCUGGCUCAAAUACAAAAGUCCCAGAGCCAGAGUGUCACAGUACCCCCCCCUAAAGGUGCGCACUCCGGGCGCACCAGCAUACAGUCUAGGGGAGGGUCUGGGUGGGCGUCUGUCCACGGUGGCGGUUCUGGCCCUGGUCGUGGUCCCCACCCCACCUUAGUCACUAUCCGCUUCCGUAGCCUCCUCCACAUGACCACCCCCCAACUACACCCCACUGGAUUAAGGGGCGGCACCGGACUAAAGGGCAGCACCGGACUAAGGGGCAGAACCAGGAUAAGGGGCAGCACCAGGCUAAGGGACAGCACCGGACUCAAUGGCGGAUCCUGGCUGGCUGGCUCUGGCGGGUCCUGGCUGGACGGCUCUGGCGGAUCCUGGCUGGACGGCUCAUGGCUGGCUGAAGGAUCUGGCUGCUCAUGGCUGGCUGACGGAUCUGGCUGCUCAUGGCUGGCUGACGGAUCUGGCUGCUCAUGGCUGGCCGACGGAUCUGGCUGCUCAUGGCUGGCUGAAGGAUCUGGCUGCUCAUGGCUGACUGACGGAUCUGGCUGCUCAUGGCUGGCUGACGGAUCUGGCUGCUCAUGGCUGGCGGAAGGCUCUGGCUGAUCCUGUCUGGCGGAAGGCUCUGGCUGAUCCUGUCUGGCGGAAGGCUCUGGCUGAUCCUGUCUGGCGGAAGGCUCUAGCGGCUCCGGUCUGGCGGACGGCUCUGAAGGCUCAUGGCAGACGGGCGGCUUAAGCGCCUUUGGGCCGACGGGCAGUUCAGGCCCCGUUGGGCAGACGGCAGACUCUGGCCGUCUGAGGCGCACCGUAGGCCUGGUGCGUGGUGCCGGAACUGGAGGUACCGGGCUGAGGACACGCAUCUCAGGGCUAGUGCGGGGAGAAGCAACAGGGUAUGCUGGACCCUGGGGACGCACAUAAGGGCUAGUACGGAGAGCCGGAACAGGGCAUGCUGGACCCUGGGGACUCACAUAACGCCUAGUGCGGAGAGCCGGAACAGGGCAUGCUGGACCCUGGGGACUCACAUAGCGCCUAGUGCGGGGAGAAGGAACAGGGCAUGCUGGACCCUGGGGACUCACAUAAGGCCUAGUGCGGAGAGCCGGAACAGGGCAUGCUGGACCCUGGGGACUCACAUAACGCCUAGUGCGGAGAGCCGGAACAGGGCAUGCUGGACCCUGGGGACGCACAUAAGGGCUAGUGCGGAGAGCAGCAACAGGACGCCCAGGACUCGGGGAACACACAGGAGGCUUGGUGCGUGGUGUAGGCACUGGUGGUACUGGGCUGGAGCGGGGAGGUGGCGCCGGAAAUACCGGACCGUGCAGGCGUACUGGCCCCCUUGAGCACUGAGCCUGCCCAACCUUACCCGGCUUGAUGCUCCCCGUCGCCCGACCAGUACGGGGAGGUGGAAUAACCCGCACCGGCCUAUGUGGGCGAACCGGGAACACCAUGCGUAAGGCUGGUGCCAUGUACGCCGGCCCGAGAAGACGCACUGGUGGCCUGAUGCGUUGGGCCGGCUUCAUGACAUCCGGCUCAACGCUCAAUCUAGCCCGGCCGAUACGUGGAGCUGGAAUGUGUCGAACCGGGCUAUGCCUGCGUACAGGAGACACCAUGCGCUCUACUGCGUAACACGGUGUCUGCCCGUACUCUCGCUCUCCACGGUAAGUCCAGGGAGUAGGCGCAGGUCUCCUACCUGACUUCGCCACACUCCCUUUAAGCCCCCCCCCCAAGAAAUUUUUGGGUAGUACCCACGGGCUUCCAGCCUUGACUCCGUGCUGCCUCCUCAUACCGCCUCCUCUCGGCUUUAGCUGCCUCCAGCUCUUCACGAGGGCGGCGAUAUUCUCCCGGUUGUGCCCAAGGACCCUUUCCAUCCAGUAUCUCCUCCCAAGUCCAUGAAUCCUUGAUAGGCGUCCAUAAAUCCUGUUGCCGCUUGACACGCUGCUUGGUCCUUUUAUGGUGGGUUUUUCUGUCACGCGGGUCGAUGUCGUCCAAGUAUGACCAAGGCGCAGCGUGUCCAAGAAACAUGACUUUAUUUAUUCAAAAGUCUGGAACAAAACAACAAAACACGACCGAUACGUGAAGUCCUCUGCAACACUGACAGAACUAAGAACAAAAAAAACCCACAACUCCCACAAGAAAACAUACAGAAUAAAUAUGGCUCCCAAUCAGAGAUAACGAGCCGACAGCUGACACUCGUUACCUCCGAUUGGGAGUCAAUGACCAAACCUAGAAAUACAACCAACAGAAAGGCAAACCUAGAAAUACAAAACCAAAACCCAACAAAUCAAAAUACACCCUGGCUCAAAUACAAAAGUCCCAGAGCCAGAGUGUCACAGUAUCACUGUAUCUACCUCAAGUACCAUGUAUCCCUGCACAUUGAUAUGGUAUUGGUACUCCUUGUAUAUAGCCUACAUUCUUAUGUGUUUUUAUUGUCUUUAUUUAACUAUACAUCGUUGAGGAAGAGCUUGUAAGUAAGCAUUUCACUGUAGGUCUACACCUGUUGUAUUCAGUGCAUGUGACAAUAAAAUGUGAUUUGAUUUGAAGUCCCCUCUGUCUAUCCAAUCUCAUCUCUGCUCCACACCAGGAUACAGUUCAGUAUGUUCUGAGUUUCUGCCAUGUCCUAAAACGUCUGUGGUAAACUUGUACUACAUACGGUAGGAUUUAUCGCAGACUAUAAUUACUGUCUCAAUGGAAUCCUAAUCCCCCUCAUCUGUACUGAGGUAUGGUGUAUUCAAAUUAAAUCAAACUUUAUUCAUACAGCACAUUUCAGACAUCAAAUAUGUAUUUUACUACAGAACAUAAGAGGAUAAAAAACAAAAUAAUAACAACAACAACUGAAUGACUAAAAAGCACCCUAAGGAAAAACAAAGCUAAAAAGGUGUGUUUUAAGAUCUCUUUUAAUUUUCCACAGUUUCGACCCCCCUCAGGUGUACAUUCUAGGACACCCUCAGCCUCAAUCCUCACCCCUCCUUAAGUCAAUUGUCUACCCCCCUUGAAGUGUGAGGCUGAGGCAUGACGAUUGACUUAAGGAGAGUUGUUGAUUGACUCAGUGAGGGGUGAUGUUUGAAGCUGAGGGUGACCUAAAAUGUAGAUCACUCUGGGCACAAAUCUCCAACCACAGUGAAACAUGAAACGCCUUUUCAGAGCCUCGGAAUGUCCCGAAGUGCUAGGAAGACUAAUUUCUCGAAAUGAGCCUGAUGGUGUUUGCACAGCUGCAGGCCACUCAUGACCUGUUGAACUGGCGUGCCUGGACUCACUGUCAUGAUCUUUGAUUGGCUUUAGUCAGUUGUUUUUAAAGUGUUAAUUUCAUCCCAGCCUUGUUGGUUUUUAUGGUAAUAUUGCAUGUGUCAUCCAACGAUAUGGGUUGUAUCAACUUAUUCCUGAAGUGCUCAAACAUGACAUAAAAGAAGCUAACUGAUAUGUUUUUAGAUUUUGAUCGGAAAGUUUGAAAGGGGAAGUGUCUUAUAUUUUAAAGGAAAACAUUUCAGCUUACAUGUAUUUUGAAAGGGCAACUGUCUGAGUUUGCAUGGUGACAGGUUAUAUGUGCUUUAGUUUCAGAUGUAGUUCACAGGCCAUAUGUAUAGCAGAGAUAGGAUGAGGAUCAGGUUCUGAGGGUCUACAACAGAGCAUUGCUAUCAGAGAGCAUCCUGAAGUCCAUUCAUGUUGCAUACUGGCUAAGGAAAUGGUAAACUACAAAAGAAUAUCACAUAUAUCAUUUCUUUGUCUCUUUUAAGUUCUACUUGUUUUUUAUUUUGUCAUCAAUCAGCCAAGACAAAAUACAAUAUGGUAUUCCAAUCUUCAGUAUAUGAUUAACGUUUCAGAAUUGAACAGAAAUUACUCACUGACCAGCAUUUUAUCACUUUUUCACAGAAGUCACCUGAGGAGAGACCCCAGACGAACCACGCCAGUAACUCGGUUGUAACAGUCCGCUACUCUGAGUAAGUAUUUAUCACAAAUGGCAGAAUUAAUUUGGGGUUUUGUGCAAAUACUUUUUAAAUGGACCCUACAAUAUUUACGAUGUCUCACUUUCCCAAACUCUUCAGAUGUUCACAAUAUUUCUCUCCAAAUUAUUUUAUGGUCAUGGUUUUCUUUCUGGUUCCACUAUUGUUUCUUCAACAGAAUGAGAGGCCAUUCCAGUGGUGUUGCUAUUUAGCUGCCCAACCACAAUAGUAGCCUUUGCUACCAAGUCACCAAAUGGUAGACCUAUGCUACAUGAAUCCUACUGGACUCUAAGAUGUUUGUGUUACACUAUGAGCUGAGAACUUGGAGUACUAUUACUAGCUGACUAACUUUAAGCAUCAGUUGUCAGAGCACCUUACCGAUCACUGCACCUGUACACAGCCUAUCUGUAAUUAGCCCACCCAACUACCUCAUCCCUAUAUUGUUAUUUAUUUUGCUCUUUUGCACCCCAGUAUCUCUAUUUGCACAUAAUCUCUUGCACUUCUAUCAUUCCAGUGUUAAUACUAAUUAUAAUUAUUUUGCACUAUAGCCUAUUUAUUGCCUUACCUCCAUAACUUGCUACAUUUGCACACACUGUAUAUAUAUUUUCUGUUGUAUUUUUUUUUUACUUUAUGUUUUUUUACCCCAUAUGUAACUCUGUGUUGUUGUUUUUAUCGCACUACAAUGCUUUAUCUUGGCCAGGUCGCAGUUGUAAAUGAGAACUUGUUCUCAACUGGCUUACCUGGUUAAAUAAAGGUGAAAUAAAAUAAAUACAGUAAUAGGCAUAAUAAUACCAUUGUAAUAAUGGUUAAUGUAAAGGAGAUGGUGAUUUUAGUUACAGUAAAUGUAGUUACUGUAAAUUUCAUCAACAUGUUCUAGGUCUCUGACUGUUGUCAAAUCAAAUCAAAUGUUAUGUCACGUGCGCCGAAUACAACAGGUGUAGACCUUACAGUGAAAUGCUUACUCACAAGACCUAACCAACAAUGCAGUUUUAAGAGAAAUAAGUGUUAAGUAAACAAUCGAUGAGUAAAAAAUAAAAGCAGGAAAAUAACAGGAAAAAUAACAGUAGCGAGGCUAUAUACAGUACAUAUAUAUGUCAUAGAUAUUGUCAGACUCUCUAAGAUGACAAUUAACUUUAAUUACAUAUCAGAUUUAUAUUAUGUUAGAUUUAGUUUUGAUAUUUGAAUGUCAUAUAGUGUAUUUCACUGUCACCUCUGUCUCUCUCUCAGUAGACCAGGGAGGGAGGUUCAGGUGUACUACUCACGCCAUCAAAGCUACAGGGACUUCUUUGAUGAGUUAAAUCGACGAGGCGACACUUUCUACGUGGUGUCCUUUCGCAGGGUGAGUCACUCCAUGCAUAUUCCAUACCAUUUUCCAUAGAAGCAGGCAACAAUGUGUCCUUCGGAUUGUGACUGUUUCAAGGCCAAUGGAGAUCGGGUCUGUGACUGUUUCAUGAUGCAGUAUUGCCAUCAGCAUGUCUUCAGCAGAUGAAACUGCUGAGUAGGAAAGAAAGCGGUCAUGAAACAAUUUUGAAGCGCAUAUGGAGCAUGAUCCAGGGUACCAACUUUCUGUCUUAAUUGAAGGCGGAAAGCCCCGACUGAAAAAGCAGAUGUUCUUUUGAAGCUUAGGAAAAUAUUUCCUUUUAUUUCCUUUUCUUUUUACUCCCAAAUGCAUGAAUGAAUGAGGAUUGAAAAAUGUCUGUGGCUGAUUUUAAAUAUGUACAUUGGCAUUUCAAUCGUCACAAAUGAGCAUAUGUAAUGCAUUUGUAUGUGAUUUGUAGCUUUAACAGUAUACAGUUAAUGACUGACCUAUUGGCGAGUUUCAUUCGUGUGUUUGAUGUAUUGAAUUGUGAGGGAGCACAUUCGGAAGGAAUUUUAUGUCUUUCAGUCACCUAGGGCGUGUAGACCUUAUGAAAUUGGCAUCCAUAUGAAAUGAUCUAGAACAAUAAAAAAGUUACUUGAGGCUGUUCUUAUACUCCUUUUAUUCUGUGUGGUGUUUUGGUAAAAUUACCGUUUAUGGUUACCGACGGAGUCCGUUUCUCGUAAGCUAUAAGAUUGGAAUUUCACUUUUUUAUUUGAUGUAGCCUAACCACAGAUAAUCUUUAGAUUUAUUGAUUAAGCACAUAUUCCUUCCGUCCCAUACAUUUUGACAUCUUUUGUCUGGUCAAUUCAAAUGAUGUAUCCAUUGUACUGACACAUCUCCAAUACAUUUACAUUAAAGCAGAAAUCAAAAUAACCUGUUUAUCGGCAACCACUGCCAGGAAAGUGUCUUCGAUUACCAAAUUGAACAUACCUCCGUUUUCAUAAAAGUACCACAAACUAUGAACUCUGAGACCCCCUAGAUCUGUUAGUCCUUCUCCUCUGAUAUGUUUCCAGACUUUCCAUAAGACAUAUCAUAGAGCGAAACCUGUAAAGUCUUCAGAGGCUUCGUAAAAGCAUUCUCAUGAUGCUAAUCGGCUGAAUCCCUUCUUAGUGCUGUCUCUGUUACACUGAGAAGGCUUUCAUUGUCAUUCCCAACCAGAAGGACUGACUGUCUUAUUCCAAUGCAACCCUAACACUGCCCCCCCCCCCCCCCCCCCCCCCAUUAAAUUAGCCAUCUAUUCAGAAAGUCUUAGGUCUGAUUUGCAACAUUAUUCCAACCUGAUGACUGCUCAGGAGAAUUAGCAGGGACCAUUCUCUCUGAUGGCCUGCCAACGUCUGUUUUGUGAGAACCUGAGAGCGAGAGAAACAGGCAGAGAGAGAAGGAAAGUGAACUCUGAUCACAAUCUCUCCAUUUGGACCAUCAACUCCCAGGGGCACCUCUUUAGCUCUUUUGUGUGCCCGUCAGUUCUGCUCUCUGAGGGCCCUUUAUCCAAGGACCAGAUAUCUGUUUCCUGAAGGCCCUGUUUACUGAGCCACAAUGGGGAUUCAACCCACCCACCACCUGCCUUCAGACCUGCCUACAUCAUUCAGACCGGAUAAGAAACUCUUAUUCAAUUUUUUUUGUAUCAUGGCCUCAAUGGAAAACCUUUGCUGGCAAACCAAGAAUGCUCCUUUCCAGUAGUUACUGUACAUAAGCUGUACAUUGAGAGCUGUUGUCAAUGUGUCAAACCCUCCACACUUUGACGAUCUUAAAAUAACUUUUCAAAAAAUGUAAUUCAUCAUCUCCAGCACCACCCCAACAUCAACAUAUGUGAAAAUGGCGCGUUUCUAUGUUUUGUAGUAAAACAGAUAGAGAAAGAAGUGUUUCCAAUUUUUUACAUUUUAGUCAUUUAGCAGACGCUCUUAUCCAGAGCGACUUACAGUUAGUGAGUGCAUACAUUUUCAUACUGGCCCCCCCGUGGGAAUCGAACCCACAACCCUGGCGUUGCAAGCGCCAUGCUCUACCAACUGAGCUACACGGGGUCCAAUUACAUCAUCAACCAAUUAAUAGGCAAGGCCUAUGAUGCACACCGAUGAUGUAGUUGGAAACACGUAUCUUUUUUUCCCACAAAACAUAGAAACACGCCAUUUUCACAUAUGUUGAUGUUGGGGUGGUGCUGGAUUUUUUUGAAAAUGUCCUUUAAGUUCGUCAAAGUGUGGAGGGUUUGACACAUUGACAACAGCUCUCAAUGUACAGCUUAUGUACAGUAACUACUGGAAAGGAGCAUACUUGGUGAACAUUUUCCUUUUAAGCGAGUGUCACGCAUUUACAGUAACUGAAUGAAUUACACUGGGUUAACUGGAAACAAGAGUUGUGACGUUAUUGGACGUGGCUGCCGGCUUCUGUACGAUCUGUACUUCUAGCCCUCAAAUGGGUCAUUCAGCCAGCCAUUGGAUUGGAGUCCUUCUACCAGUAGACAAGAAUGUACAGUAGAGGAGGUAGUGACUGAUUGCACAGCUGCAGCCGGCUCUCCUAAGCCUAAGCCCUCUCUCUGGCCUGAUGGAAUGAACAGAGCAGCUUCUGGUUUCAUUGGCCUUUCCCAAAGCACACGCCACAAUGCAAGUGAUGGAAAGAGCAGAACACUAACUUGAUGUACAUGGUUAGACCUGGGCUGCUGUGGAAAGGAAAAGCAGAACCCAAAGGUUUUGUAGGUGAAUAUAUUCAUACCUUCACUCCCUGAAUCACUUUUGUUGAGGAUAAUUGGCUCACUGGGGUAAGUGAAAAUAUGUUUUUGGACAAAAUUGUAGAAUUUCUUUCCACUUUUUGGGGGGGCAAAACUCAUGGAAACGUGUGGUCUCUUAGAGUUCAGGCCUACCUGCUUUUACAACCUCUGCCAAAGAGCCGAAUAGGGGGUUGGCCUACUGUAUUCCCAUGUAGACAGCUAGCAUGUGUCACUUUGAAGACUGCUAGCACCAACGCAACCAUACUCAAUCCUCUUUCAAGACAAAGUCAAGAAUCAUUUUCCUGAAGGUGGCUGUUGAUAGGCUGUAUUUGUAUUUAUUACUCUUCCUGUGGUCCAGCAACAUUAAGGCAGUUAUAUACAAUAAAAAAUAUUACAUGACAUUACAUUUCAUAACACUUUUCACAACACAUUAAGUGUGUGCCCUCAAGCCACUACUACCACAUAUCUACAAUACCAAAUCCAUGUGUACGUGUGUGUAGAGUGCGUGUGUUAUCAUGUGUAUGCGUGUGUCACUGCCUGUGUGUGCUGUGACUACCCAAUGGGGAACAGUGCCUGGUGUGUGUUUUACACUAAGCGCCUUAGUUCUGUCAGCUUCUUCGAACUGGUGUUGUUUUGAAGGGCUGGAUCAGAACCAGAGUCUCAGUCUAUUUCAAGUGCAGUUGACCCUGGCUUCCAUGUCUCCACCUACUUACACUGUUGUUUAGACACUGUAUUGUGCUGAUCCGAACUAGGGCUGUUGCGGUGACCGUAUUACCGCCACACCAGCGGUCACCAGUCAUGAAGGCAGUCAAAUUCCACGUGACCGUUUAGUCACGGUAAUUAGGCUUCUUCAAGUUCUGAUGCUGCUGCUGGUCAUUAAUAGCCUACCAAACUUGCUAACUGCCUGGUACUCAGCACUCUAAUGGAACAUUCGCGCUUAUAGCCUACUACCAUGUCCGCAUUGCUGCGCUUAUAAUGUGAAGAAAUAGCCUAAAAGUUUAUCAACAUUUUAAGCCAAACGUUCUGAUCUGUUGCGUCAGCCACAUUGCGUAAAAAAUGUUUUUUGAUGCAAGUGGUUGUAUUAAUUUGGAAUCUAUAGCAUCCCACAACUGUCCCGGACUAUGUUUGGAAUAUUUAUUUCCCCCACAGAAUAGAAUAGGUUGACUUUUGUACUAUGGGGGAUAGUAAAUUAACAUAGGCUAGUGCUUUUGCUGUUCGUUAGGCCUACUCAUCUUGUUGGCUGACAAAAAGUAAAUAUGGACAGUUCUUCCAAUAUCUUCAAUAUGCACCUCGGAAUUGGAUAAGGUCGUGCGCAGUUGCGUCCCCGAUGUGUCUAUCUUCACUUGUAGCCUGUGAGAAAGACCUGAUCACGUGAUGGAGAGCCAUGUGAGUGAGAGGUGAUUCGGAGCGCUCAGCACUCAGGAAGAAGGGCACAACGGACACUGGCUGCAAUAGGCAUGGAUUUGUUUAGGGGGCAUUACGGCCACACAAAGGGGAUACCGCCGUGAAAUUCUAGGCAUUAUCAAGUGCUUGUUAAAUUGUGAAUGAGUGUGUACAGCUUGCGCAAAAAACAAAGGAGAGCUCAUGCCUUUCAAGCGACUUUUUUUCAAAAUCAUCAUUAGAGUCGCGUCAUGCAGCCUUACAAUGUAUUAAAAAUCUAAACAUAUAGCUCAACGUUUGUAGAACAACUAAAGUUACAUUAAUAACUCUAAAUUAAGCAUAUAGGAAUACCUAUUUCUUUGUUAACCGCUCAACACAGUAUAGCCGCAUGUGCGCACUCCCUCAAAUCGAUUGGAGAAAAUAUCCUUUCUAUUUUAUUCAGCUUUGUUCAAUUGUAUUCUUCAUACUAUAAAAUAAUGCCAUGGAAUUCUAAGCAAAUCUUGUCUGCUAAAUAAACUACUGUAGCCCACAGCCAUUUGGCAUAGCCAGAUCAGGACCUAACAUAAGGACAACUCAGAGUAUGUUAUUCUGUUCUUCUGAAAAUAGACUACAUUUUCUUCAUAUCAUGCUUUUUUAGACCUGUCUAAAAUAAAUCAUGUAUUUAUUGUGAAGGCUAUAUUAAAUGGAUUUAUUCGACUUUUUUGAAAUGUAGAUGUUCCAAAGGUCUGCAUCAGUGGCUUGUAGGCUGUGUGGAAGCCAGGAGAUGCUAAAUGUAUUUAUGUUAAUUACGGUCAAUUAGCGUGAGUCCAACAGUUAGUUAUUUGCUUGACAAUCACCGGCUGACGAAAUUUCGUGACCUCCACAGCCCUAAUCCGAAGCAUUCCAUACUGGCUCAGAUAUUUCACUCAGAAGCAGACCAAUCAUGUAGCUAGCUACUUUUAGCAGAUGCUAACAUUUAUGUUAGCCAUCUAUGUCCAUCUGCGGUACAGUCAUAUGUACCCCCCACAGUGGCAGCUGGCUUCAAAACAAAAUAUUGUGUCUGUGCCGUCAAUCUAGUCUACUGUAAAUGUCUGACUUUUUUAGUCUUUUGAGUCUUUUGGUAUGUUAACUAGUCCUUGGGAGCCCUAAAUUCAAUGAUGCGUUGAGCAAUCCUAAUUGACCCCAUAGCUCCUCAAAGCCUAUAGGCCUACUUUACUGUAUAUCUGUUCUACAUCAGUUCCUAGUUUUUCCAUGACUUCUUCUCUUCAUCCAGGAACAGCUCUGUUUUCACUCUUUAAAAACUUUUCAAAUACUUUAGCUGGGCUUGAUUGAGUUUGCCUGCCGCAAUGGAACCAAUAGAAUAGUCGCAAAACCCACCCACCUAACAUCCCAGGAAGGCUAAAUCAAACAUGGAAAGUACUUGAAAGAUUUCAAAUAGUUUUUGAACCCAGAUCGGGUUUUUGCUGCUGCUCUGUCCCAACUGAGAGCGGAGCGGUCUGGUCUGGUGAAGCUGGUGACAGCGGUCUCUCAACCAUGCAUGGGUCUCCUCUCCCAAACCACCGAUGUUUAACAGGACUUUGAAUUACUGUGUUUAUGCCUCUAAUAAAGUCUAGGGCUCCAUGGAGGGGACCUAGAUGACUAGCUUAUCAGACAGCAUGUAGCUGCAUUUGAACUCUACCAAGUAGCCUUGGUUUGAGUCAAGAAAUUACUGUCUCUGAUAUGGUCAGUGUUUUAAUGGCCAUGUGCUUGAUUUGUGAUUAUUUCUUUGAACAAUGGAUGGCUUGUCUAUCCAAUGUGCCAAUCAUUGAUUAUUUUCAUAGAGCCCCAGCUGUCUGCUUUAAAAUACAUUUACAACCACAUCGUUCUCCUGUUCUUUUUAUGUAUAUGUCACAACCUGCUUUCCAGGUGUCAACGCUGUUGUUAACUACUGUUUUGGCCUGUCUCUUCACAUAAUGACUGUCUUUACACCCCAAACAGUGAAAAUGUUGUACAGUCAAAGUUAUGGUCAGAGGUCAAUGUAUGUUGAGAUUUAUUAGCAUUUAUGACGUUUCUUUGUGAAUUCCGGACCUCUUGUGCCUUGUUGGGUUCAUGCUGCGUGUACUUUAGAGUUAUGGCCGCAGUGGCCACUUAAGGGUCUGGAUGUUUCUGGUCUGUCAUUACGUGUAUUUCUUCAGAAUCCAGGGAAUCUUGUUGUCAGCCUAGAGGUGGACAGAAAGUGGCUUGAGGCAUUGUUUCGGUUGUAGGCACUGCCCUUGACCAAGGCACCCAUGACUGUAAAUGAUGUACAUUUAUUGAUGCCAGGUCUCCCUUGGGAAAGAGUUCUUCUGAGCUCAAUGGGACUACAUAGUUAAAUAAAGGUUAAAUCAAAUUCAGUCCACAUGCAUAGUCCUACUGGGAUUUGUGAGAGAACAUCUGCCCUGAACAGCACAAAAUCUCUGUCAAAUGUAUCUCCUUAUUGCCUAAAGACCAGGUCAGCUCUUGAGUAAUGACUCACUGCAUUAACGCUCUAAUCCCCCAUUCUCUGUCUGUUUCUCUAGGAUCACCUUCUGCUCCCUGCAACCAACCACAGCAAGGGGAGCAGGCCAAAGAUGUCCUUGGUGUUACCAGCAAUUAAUGUGAAUGGUAAGGGCCAGGAGACGAUGUGCGACUGA